AUGGCCGUACUCAUAGACCACACGGCGUACCCGGGCGUCAUCAACCUCAUCAUCUCUCAUGCCCCGACUACCGCACUGUUCAAGCUACAUCUCGCGUCGACGGCCUUCCGCACGCGAAUCGACGCCGCGUUGGCUGAGCACGCGGUUGUGGCCGCCGAUGGCAAGCUCCACCUCCCGCACAGCGACCGCUUCAGUCCGGGCCCGUCAAUUUGGAUUCUCCACGCUGGGCCUGCCGCCGUCCGCACUCUAGACAUGGACUGCACACCGCCCUUGGCCGACUCCUUCCGCCCGUUCACCAGCGUCACCACAGUCCGCAGGUUAUCGCAGCGCCACAACGGCCAUGUCGCCGCCCUCCCACCUUCCACUCCGACGCUGGUCGACUUCAUCGAUGUCCUGCCACCCCUCUCACGUCUCGACAUCCACCUCUCCCCAGCCGACCGACACAUCAUCCACCUGCGCGUCUGGGACCUGCACACGGACACCAGCCUCGGCGUCAAGAUCCACCCGGUGCCGAAUCUUGGGCACAUCGUCGUCGUGCUCUCGUCCUCGACCAACCUCAGAAUCGACCGAGAGGCAAUGAGCAUGGUCUCUUCUGUGCUCAUGGACAUUCUGCAGCACCGCCCCCCGCGCAUGUCCGUCGUCGGUAUGGAGCGGGUGGCUCUCCUCGUGCCACUCCCGAACCCUACCGGCAACGCCAUCGUUGACCGCUCAUGGAAGCUACUUGGCCCCUUCCUGUAUUUGGUGAGCGGGAACGUUGACUUGAGAAAUCUCGAGUUUGAGAGCUGGUGGGAUGGACUCGGGGAGGAUGAGAGGAGGCUCGUUGGGCCGUGGCCUGAUGAGUGGAGCGACAGUGUGAGAGACAAGGCAUGGUCGGGCGCUGCUCUGCUGACACUGGCACAGGUUGACACAGGCAGAUCUUGA